AUGGCGAGACAGGUUCUGGAGAGCGAUCUGCUAUCUCUUCGUCGUGCGGAGAGCAAUAGUUCUUUAUCACGAUGGCAACCUCAGGAGGAAUUUGUCGUUUCUGACGUCUUUACGCCCCAAACACCCGAACCGGAACAGGCUGAUGAAGCGGACCUUGGCCGGUCCUGGGCAACGGUGAUCAGUGAGAGGCCAGGUACCACGAACAGUUUCCGCAUGGUUCCAGGCGAUGUGAGCCCUAUGAGACCAAAUCCUCAAAAAGGAGGCUUAAAUCCCGUCAAGAAAAGAAAGAAUAAAAAGAAGAAGCCCCUGAGGAAUACAAGCGCUGUCUCUCGCGUUGUAGAGGCCCCCCAACCUGGCUCUGAGACCCCGCCGGCUUAUUUCAAGGACGGUCGUUCAUCCAUCUCCCCACGGCUUCGUCCUGUCGGCGCGGUCAGAAAUAAUUUCGAAUCUAGGCCUCCUUCAUCGCAUGGGAUUAGUGCGCUUAGCAUUCAGCUGGACGCACUUAAUGUUGGAUCUCCCCGCCCUUCAGGCUCUGAGGCUAGUAAGAAAGGGUCGGAAACGUCAAGCUGCGGCAGUGUAAUCUCAGAAAGUGACCAGACUGAGAUUCUGACUACAUAUGAAGUUCCUUUGGGAGAUGAUUUUGUCAGCCUUGACCUUAAUAAUGAAGCACCCAAACCCACGGAUGACAAUGAAAAGAAGGCUGUCCUUAACCGGAAGAUGACGGCUUCUGAUUUCGAUUCGCUAACCUGCCUUGGGAAGGGAACAUUUGGAACUGUCCUUCUCGUCAAGCAGAAGGCUAACGGGGCCUUGUACGCACAGAAGCAGUUUCGUAAGGCUUCCCUUACCGUGCAUAAAAGACUGGUGGAACAGACCAAGACGGAAAGGGCUAUAUUAGAGAGUGUCAACCGACACCCUUUUGUCGUCAAGCUGUUCUAUGCAUUCCAGGACCAUGAGAAGCUUUAUUUAAUCCUGGAAUAUGCGCAGGGCGGCGAAUUAUUCACUCAUCUCGCAAUGGAGCGUAUGUUUUCUGAGGAAACAGCUUCUUUCUAUAUGGCAGAAAUGGUGCUUGCGCUCGAACAUUUGCAUUGCAAUAUUGGUGUUAUCUAUCGCGACUUGAAACCCGAGAACUGUCUGCUGGACGCGGAUGGCCAUCUUCUCCUCACGGAUUUUGGCUUAAGCAAGGUUGCUGUCGACGAUGAUGACCGGUGCAACUCUUCUCUCGGCACCAUAGAGUACAUGGCGCCGGAAGUAAUCAUGGGCAAGCCUUAUGGCAAAGCUUGUGACUGGUGGUCUCUGGGAGCCUUGGGCUUCGACCUCCUCACGGGCUCGCCACCCUUCAAAGGCAAUAAUCAUGCCAAAAUCACAGAAAAGAUCUUGAAACAGAAACUCGCACUUCCGUAUUUCCUUGGACCCGAUGCUAAGGACCUUCUCACCCGUCUACUCCGCAAGGAACCGCAGAAACGCUUGGGAUAUCAUACAUCCAAAGACAUCCGCACUAUCAAGUCUCAUCGAUUCUUUAGGAAAAUCGACUGGAAGGCCUUGGAAAAGCGUGAAUUGGAACCUCCAAUCAAACCUGUGGUGACGGAUCCAGCCCUGGCCGAGAACUUCUCCCAUGAUUUCACCUCAUUGCCUCUUAGCCCUGUCGUAACGACGAAGUCCGGACCAUUUGCGCGUGCUGGAGAUGCGAUGGAUAUUGAUAGCGAUGGAAUCACUGAUAGCGAAAUGGGAGGUGUCCAGGCUUCUGAGGAUCCUUUUGGUGGUUUCAGCUUUGUCGCGCCGAGUAGUCUCCUUGAAAGCGGUCUCGCUCUUGGGAACAUGAAGUGGUAA